CUCCCUAAGCAAGGCUAAUAGUAACUACCGCAGGAGUAGCAGCGCAGUCAAAGUCACGUUUAGUUUUGUAUUUCAAAUCUUCCCCGACCAAUUGUUGUGUGAUAUGUUCAAAUUAACUUGUGUGUUCGUUAACUCCCUGGGCAGCGUGUGCCGUCACGUCGCUGCCCCUCUCGCCGACAACCGAGCCGCUUUGAGGACGUUAUGUAGCAGCGCUGUCAGACUACAAGAGACAGAAUCUUCCAGCAAAAACUCCAAAGAAUUCAGCCACGUCCCUCCGCUGCCUGGCCAGGACAGUUCUCUCAGGUGGGCUGGGAAGAAGUUUGAGGAGUUACCCAUCAUGCACAUCAAAGCUACGUACAAUAACGUACAGAUCCAGAUGACGGACUGCGAGGGACAGUACAUGGUGAGGACUUCCUGUGGGGCGGAAGGUUUCAAGAACCGAAAGAAGGCCAUGCCGGUCGCCGCUCAGACCACCGGCAUCUCCGCCGCAUCGAAAGCCACCGCAAAGGGAGUGACGUUUGUGCGCGUGGUGGUCAAAGGUCUCGGCCCGGGACGUCUGUCGGCCAUCCAAGGUUUGACCAUGGGCGGCCUGGACGUGGUCUCCAUCACCGACGAAACCCCCGUGCCGCACAAUGGCUGCCGACCUCGCAAAGCCAGGAGGUUAUGAUGAUGGAUCAAUAAACUUGCAUGGUCAGUGCUAUGAUACCAUGUGUUUUAUUUAGGCUCACUCCAUAUCCACACAAAAUAAUGGACUUUUUGACAUCAUCUGGAUAUAAAUAUGCAAUAUAAAUGUUUAUUUAUCCACAAA